GUUAUAGCAAAAAAAAUAUUAUUAAAUCAAAUGACUAAACAAAAAACGGCAUUAUUUUCGGUGAUGGCCGGUGUCGGUCACAUUAACGCCAGUGUAGCAGUUGGACAGCAACUACAAGAUAGUGGACACUAUCGGGUAGUGUUUGCCGUCAGUGAACUAUGGAAAGGUAGACUACAGGAGUAUGGUUUCGAGGAAGUGAUCAUCAAAGAGGACAAACCACCAGAUAAUCAUAAUAUAGUUGUAGAUCCGGCCAAAUAUAUUGCCGAUAAACUAUUGGAUAGCGGUUUGUUAGAAGAUAUGUCGACACUGGAAAUGAUUAAAAACAAAGAUACGUCAACAAUGAGAAGAUUAGAGUUGACUAAAAAAUUGGACAUUCAAUUGGAAACUAUUAUCCAAGAUAUUAAACCCGAUGUCAUACUAUUGGAUCAGUUUUAUUGUUUGCCAUCAGCAGAGUUGUCUGGUAUACCAUUGGUAUGGAUAUGGAGUGCCAGUCCAUUGUUUAUCAAUAAUGACGAUAGACUACCGCCCUCUCAAUCAGGAUAUUCAUGUAAUAGCAAUAGAGAUCAAUGGUUUGAAUUCAGAGAUAUUAAAUAUAAGAUAAUUGAAGAUCGAUGGCAAGUAUGGAAAGACUACAUUAUAUCGAGAUCAUGUCCACCACCGCUGCUCAGGGAUCAUAGUUUUACUACACAACACAAGUGGCCAACAAUUUAUGGUUUUCCAAAAGAGUUGGACUAUACGGAUGUCGUACCGUUGCGUAAAAAUUACAUACAGUUUGAUAAUCUUAUGCGACGUGAAAUCAUCAAUAGUGAAAAAUUUGAAAUACCAGAGCAAUUAAGGGACAAACCGGGAAAACUUAUAUAUUUUUCGUUGGGAUCUAUGGGUGCCGUGAAUGUGGAAAAUAUGAAACGUUUGUGCACUAUAUUAGCUAAAUCUAGGCAUAGAUUUAUUGUAUCGAAAGGACCCAAACAUGACGAAUACGAUCUGCCGGAUAACAUGUGGGGACAGUCAUCGGUACCUCAGAUAUCGGUGUUGCCAUUAGUCGAUUUGGUCAUAACUCACGGCGGAAACAAUACUAUUACCGAAACGUUUAGUUACGGUAAACCUAUGAUUGUGUUACCACUGUUUGCCGAUCAGUUCGAUAACGCACAGAGAGUGGAGGACAAGGGUUUCGGUAUCCGUUUGAAUGCUUAUAAGUGUACGGAUGAGGAACUGUUGACUGCCAUUGAAAAGCUAUUGAAUGACAACGAGUUGAACAUAAAAUUGCAAAAAAUAUCACAACGAAUACAAUCGGAUAAUAGUUUACAUAAAUUACCGCAAAUUAUUGAUAACUAUUUGAAUGAUACAUCAAUUUAUUUACAAUAA